GCGCGGGGCAGCAUGGCCCCCACACCUGAGUGGGUGGCGGACCUGGGCUUUCCAGCACCUGGCACCUGCAGGGCCCAGUCUUCACUAUGAAGUUUUCCCGUGACCGCUGGUCUUGGUGGGGACAUUUCCCUAUUUCUUGGCCAGUGUGGGAAGAACCACAUCUGGCUGGGGGAUAACCCUGUACGGGACAAACCGAUUUUGCUGCACUUCCCACUUUUGAUUGCCACCCAGUUCUGUAAAUUCCCUGCAUUAGAACCAACCCUUAUGAGGUAAACCUUUUGAGUUUAGAACCAUUUUGUAGUUGUCAGUUGCCUUUUGGUCAGAGAGCUUGUUAGAAGGUUUGCUCACAUUGUGCAAAUGUUUCUGGAAUGGUUCCUUUCUUUCUGUUUAUAUGUUUAUUUUUUUAAAAAUUGAUAGGAAAGUUAUUUGUGUAGCACUUUUAAAGUUUAGGAAAUCAAGGUUUUGUUUUGGUUGCCUUUUUUUUUUCACAAGUUUUCUAAUGGUGUUGUGAACAGAUGUCUUCAUUUUGAAAUAUGUAGAAUAGGAAAACACGGAAAGUACAAGUCAGAUUGUACAUUCAUAUAACUGGCAGAGAUUGGUAGAGGGAGGUCUUGCUUUUUUCCUGUGGGCCGUUUGAGAAGAGCCUAUCCAUCCCCACCUGGAGGUGAGGUGGUGGCGCUGUGCCCCAGGGCCUCUUGGAAAGAGCAGCUUGUUCAGCUUCUGUUGGAUCCUGGUCUGAUCUGGGGGAGGCGCUGUAGGCUUCCUCCCCUGACCCUCUGAAGGGAGGUGGUUCUCCAGGUAUGGUCCCUUUUAAAGACAACUUUCACGCUGCUGCACAGGGAGACCCAUGUGAAUCUGUUCUUCAUUUUCAAAAAUGCUUAGGUCAGGGAGUAAACUUUUGACCUAUGGUGAUCAUCUUAAAAGCUUUAUAUAUUUCUUGAAAGGUUUUUAAUUGAACACCAGAUAGUUACAUAGGGUUGUUGUUAAGGCAGCCUGGAGCCUGUGGAAAUAAUGUAGCCAGCUCCACUUUGGUUAAGAUGGUAUUAUACUUCUGUGAAGUUUUAAAAAUGCAUUAUUUAAUUGCAUCUUGAGCUGCUGUUUUCUGCAAAUGGGUCUACAGAAGAGAGAUAUUUUUGUCUAGCUAAGGCCUGGCCUCUGGUCCCUCAUAUCCCUUGGCCACGUCAGUCACCUCUCUGGACCUUAAGUCCUGAGUUGCCCCCAGGGGCCACUGCUGAGACCCUGAUGCAGGGAUCCAGUCACCUAGCAUGUCUGACCCCAUUCCAGAGUCCAGGAUGGGGGACUAUUUGGACUAUUUGGCAGUAUUCACUGGUGAAGCUUUUUUUUUUUUUUUUGGCUGCACCGCAUGGCAUGUGGGAUCUUAGUUUCCCCCAUGAGGGAUCGAACCUACACCCCCUGCAGCAGAAGCAUAGAUUCUUAACCUCUGGGCUGCCAGGGAAGUCCCCUCACUGGUGAUGCUUUUUUUUUUUUUUUUUUUAACUGGUGAUGCUUUUAAUGCAUGAAAAGAAAGCAUAUAUAUUUUUUAAAUUAAUUAAUUAAUUUUAUUUUUUGGCUGUGUUCGGUCUUCGUUGUUCCGUGAGGGCUUUCUUUAGUUGCAGAGAGCGGGGGCUACUCUUCGUUGUGGUGCGCGGGCUUCUCAUUGUGGUGGCUUCUCUUGUUGUGGAGCAUGGGCUCUAGACGCGCGGGCUUCAGUAGUUGUGGCAUGCAGGCUCAGUAGUUGUGGCUCGUGGGCUCUAGAGUGCAGGCUCAGUAGUUGUGGUGCACAGGCUUAGUUGCUCCCCAGCAUAUGGGAUCUUCCCAGACCAGGGCUUGAACCCGUGUCCUUUGCAUUGGCAGGCAUAUUCUUAACCACUGUGCCAGAAAGAAAGCAUAUUUUAACAGCUGUUUUGGGUUCCGGAGUCUGAAUGUCCUGGUAUGGAUUUGGCCCCAAUGCUGGAUAUCCAGGGUGGGGUCCAGUUCCUACGGAAUGAAGAGUGCUGCAGUGGACACCUACCUGUGGAUGGUCAUUUUAAGCUGGACUCAAAUAUUAGUUAAAUAUUACAAUUAUUUAUUGCAAAAACAUUAACAUGGGGAAUUCCCUGGCGGUCCAGUGGUUACGACUCCGGGCUUUCACUGCCGAGGGCCCAGGUUCAGUCCCUGGUAAGGGAGCUAAGAUCCCACAAGCCGCAUGGUGCAGCCAAAAAAAAAAAAAUUAACAUAUAGUCCAGAUAGCAUGCAGGUUAGCAGGUUAUCAUUGAGAAGAAGAAUGGGACUAAGAUGGUUGUUUGAUACUGUUUUGGGUGCAUCCUGUGUACAUGUACACACAGUAUGAAAGUACAUGUGUCUUAUUAAAGAUUUUGUUUGUGACUUUUAGUGAGCACAAGACAUGACUUGCUUCAGUCCCAUAGGAAGUGUUUGACAGGCCAGACAUCUCCCCUGAGAAUCUCUCCUUAGUAAUUACCACUCAUUCCACGGGAGAUAGACUUUCCCAGAGUUUGUCCUGUUGAAUUACAUAUUCUAGCUCGUGCAGCGUUGCCAUGGAAUCUGUAAAUAGAUACUACUUUUCAGAGCAAGGAAAGGGCUUUCCUUUUAUUUCAGUUCAUUGGUUCUUGAAAUGUCUAUUUUGGGCAUAUGUACUACCAACCUGUUAUUGUAAAUCAUGAAUAUGUAUCAGAGACCAAAGACCCUUCAGCCAAUAUCAGGUGACAUAAGCACAAGUUCUUGGAGCUUGAUGGGGGCGCUGUGGGGCUGAGCCGUGGCCAGGAGGGUGGGACCCCCAAGAGGGUUGGCACCCCUGUGAUGUCAACUCCUGUCCUAGGCAGGUGGUCAUUCUCCCCCCUUGCUGUCACCUCUCCUCCUGGGGCCCCCUCCCCUUCUGUCACCCCUUUUCAUUUGCAGGCACUCCUCCCCCGCUGUCACACCCCCGCUGUCACCCCUUUUCAUUAGCGGGUAGUCCGUCACCCUUCCCCUCUCACUGUCAUCCUCCUCCCAGUGACCCCUCCCCAUCUGUCACCUCCACCCCCUGUGAGUACUCCAGCUGUCAUCUCUGGGUAGCCCCCUCAUCUCCUCCUCCCCAUGGGCACCCCCUCUGUCACCCCUUUUACUCCGUGCGCAGUCACCCUCCCCCUCUCUCUGUCACCCCUCCUUCCGUGGCCCCUCCCCGUCCGCCACAUCCCCCCACCACCCCACCCCGCUGUCACCCUCCGCCAGCGGGCACCCUGUGGCCGGGAAGGCCCCUCAGUGCUAGCGCCCCAGGUCCUCCCUCUCGCGGCGCCCUUUGUUCUGGCGGGCACGCCCCUUCCCCGGCGCGGGCCUCGAUUGGCCGUCCAGGUCACGUGAACCCCGCCCCGCCCCCGUGGGAACUGGCCUCCCCGCGGCGCGGCUGGACCGCCUGGGUCUGCAGCUCGCUACGCGUCCUCUGUAGUCGGCCAAGAGCGAGUCGGCCGAGCGGGCGCUGCCUCCGAGCUUGAGGGCCGGCCCACCCCACAGGGUCGCUGUUCCCACCCGUGCGGAUCCGUCGCAGAUGUCCGUACCUGCACCGGACGACCGGGGACACGGAGCGCAAGUAUCACCUGCGCUACUAUAAGACGGGCACAUGCAUCCAUGAGACAGAUGCCCGGGGCCACUGCGUGAAGAACGGGCUGCACUGCGCCUUCGCGCACGGCCCCCUGGACCUGCGGCCGCCCGUGUGUGACAUCAGGGAGCUGCAGGCCCAGGAAGCCCUGCAGAACGGCCAGCUCAGUGCUGGGGAUGGCGUCCCUGACCUGCAGCCUGCGGUCUUGGCCAGCCAGGCUCUGAUGGAGAAGAUCCUGGGCGAGGACCCCCGGUGGCAAGAUACCAACUUCGUGCUAGGCAGCUACAAGACAGAGCAGUGCCCCAAGCCGCCACGCCUGUGCCGCCAGGGCUACGCAUGCCCGCACUUCCACAAUAGCAGGGACCGGCGGCGGGACCCCCGGAGGUUCCAGUACAGGUCCACCCCCUGCCCCAGCGUGAAGCACGGUGACGAGUGGGGCGAGCCCUCCAGGUGCGAGAGCGGGGACAGCUGUCAGUACUGCCACUCGCGCACAGAGCAGCAGUUCCACCCCGAGAUCUACAAGUCUACCAAGUGCAACGACAUGCGACAGACUGGGCACUGCCCUCGGGGCCCCUUCUGUGCUUUUGCGCACGUGGAGAAGAGUCUUGGAAUGGCCAGCGACUGGGGCUGCCGAGACCUCACCUCCACCAGCGGCCCCGUGGCCCCCAGCGGGCAGCCCGGACACGCAAAGCGGAGAGAUUCACCUGCUGAAGGCAGCCAGAAGGCCAGCGAGCAGGACAGUAAGCAGAGCCACCUGGCAGUGUUGGCAGUGGGUCACCCCCUCGCUCCCAGCGUGAGUUCCAGCCUCGCAUCCAGCCUGGCAUCCAGCACUGGCUCAGGCGGCUCCUCGCCCACCGCUCUGCCCACUGUCUCGGCUCGUGCCCACCCUCUUGACCCCACUGGCAGCGCCGUCGAGGCGGUCCCAGGAUCCUCCUUAGACCUUCACCUCGGUGACAUCAGCCUUGUGGCCCCAGAUAAGGACCUGGAGGAGCACGACAGCCGUGACCUCGGACCCACAGGUCAGCGGUCGCUGGGGGGCUCGGCGCCCGUGGCCAUCCCAGGCUGCCUGCCCCGCUCCCCGUCCCUGCAGUCCUCGUCGUCCCUGUCCGCCUCCCCACUCGGCUCCUUCUCCCAGUCCCUGUCGGGGCCGCUCGUCUCCUCAGCCAUGACGCCCCCCCAGCAGCCUCAAGCCCUCAAGUCGGAGCCCCGAGUGCUGGGCCCCCCAGCCCCGUCCUACAACUCCUUCGGCUUGAAUGGCGUCCCCGGCAGCAUCUGGGACUUUGUCUCUGGCAGCUUCUCUCCCAGCCCGUCACCCAUCCUGAAUGCUGGCCCCACGGCCCCUUCAGGCGCGAGUCCAAACAGUGCCGAGCUGGCGCGGGUCAGGCGGCAGCUGGAGGAGGCCAAGAGGAAGAUCCGGCAGUGGGAGGAGUCCUGGCAACAGGUGAAGCAGGCCUGUGACGCGUGGCAGCGGGAGGCCAAGGAGGCCAAGGAGCGGGCGCUCGCAGCCGACAGCGCCCGGCAGCUGGCGCUGCAGAAGAAGGAUGAGGUGGAGGCCCAGUUCCGACGGCUGCAGGAGGAGCUGGAGGGCCGGGGCUUGGCCUCCAUGCUCCCCGGGCUGCGCGGCUGUGGUGACAUCAGCGCCAUCCCCCUGCCGAAGCUGCAUUCGCUGCAGAGUCAGCUGCGCCUCGAUUUGGAAGCAGUGGAUGGGGUGAGUCCGGGUCUCGUUUUCAAGGCACUGGAGGGGGUGCAUGGAGGUGGUGGGGAGCCGGCCGAGCAGCUUCCGUCCACUCCCACCUUCGCCUCCUCUUGGAGGCCAUGCCCUCGUGGACAGGGGCCAUGUCGCCUCACGCGGCUGGAGGUCUGGUGGUGUUUGGGGCACCUCCCUGGGUCACCCUCCAGGGUCCCUGGUCACCCCCUUGCCUGGUGUAGCGUGAAAGCCGCUGCCCUCAGCUUAGUUGGAAAAUCCUUCCACACCCGGGCAUUUUGUUAGAACUUGGGGCAUUGGGAAGGCUCCACAGCUCUGCCUCUCAAACACUGUCCCCUCCCUGGCUCACGGCCCAGGCCGUUGGGAUGCACACCUCGCAUCCAUCUCCAAGGCGCCAUCAUCCAGGUUUUGGCUGCUGUCGGCCGGAGGCUGGGUCCCAAGUUGGGGUCCAUCCUGACCUGGCCCCUCCGUGUGGCCACCUGCCUGGCUACUCUUCCCACACCACGUGGUGGCUCUGGCCCCGGGAGCCCGUCCCCACCCAAAGGUCUUGUGGUGAAGCCUCUCCCACCCCAUCUUUUUGUUCCUGGGUGGCCCCCAGCAGGGGAGUCCACCCCACCCUGACCCUGGGCCCGGCCUGGGUGGGGGCGGGGUACCCCCUGACUGCGUCUCCCCCGCAGGUGAUCUUCCAGCUGCAAGCGAAGCAGUGCGGGGUGUGCGGGGAGCGGGCCCGCAGCGCUGUCCUGCGGCCCUGCCAGCAUCGUGUGCUCUGCGAGCCGUGCGCAACCAGCGCACCCGAGUGCCCCUACUGCGCGGGCCAGCCC